AUGUCACUUAAAGAGUUUAAAAUCAUCAAAAAACUAGGUGAGGGUUCUUACUCUUCUGUUUUUCAAGUUAAAAGAAUCUCAGAUGGAGAGAUCUAUGCACUUAAGAAAGUCAAAAUGCAAGAAUUAUCAGAAAAAGAAAAGAUUAAUGCUUUGAAUGAGAUUAGAAUCUUAGCUUCUAUUAAACAUCCCAAUAUUGUGUCAUAUAAAGAAGCUUUUAUAGAAGAUGCCACUAGUACUCUAUGUCUUGUCAUGGAGUUUGCAUAAAAUGGUGAUCUCUAUGCUGAAAUCGUGCAUUGUCAAAAAAAUACAUGCUUCCCUGAUGAAGAUUGGGUAUGGAAAAUAUUCAUUCAAAUGACUAGAGGACUUAAAGCACUUCAUAGUCUAAAGAUCUUGCAUAGAGAUAUUAAGUCUGCUAAUAUAUUUCUAUCAGAAGAAAAAUAAUUAGCCAAACUUGGGGAUUUAAAUGUGUCUAAGGAGGCUAAAAAAGGUUUACUAUAUACAUAAACAGGAACGCCAUAUUAUGCCAGUCCCGAGGUCUGGAGGGAUAUGCCAUAUGAUCAUAAGAGUGACAUUUGGAGUUUAGGGUGUGUAAUGUAUGAGCUUAUUGCUCUAAAACCACCUUUCAGGUCUGAGACUAUGGAAGGGCUAUUCAAAAAGAUUCUUGCAGGAAAGUAUCCUAGAAUACCAGCCUAAUUUUCGAAUGAUAUGAGUAAAUUAAUUCGAAGUCUACUAUAAGUUUAGCCUCAUUUAAGACCAAAUUGUGAUAAAAUUCUAGAAAUGCCUAUUGUACACCAAAGAGUAAUUAGGAUGUUUCCAGAAUCUGUCCCUCAGAAUUAAUACGAUAACAUCUUACUUAAAACAAUUAGAAUGCCAAGAAAUUUACUUUAUCUUACAGGAUAGUUACCAUCGGCUACUUAUGAUAGUAAAAAUGAUCAUGAUUUUAAAUUACCUGAGCCAAAUAAAAAGCAUCACACUAUUUAAGUGGAUACUGACAGAUAAAAUAAUUAGGGAGAAAGAAGUAAAAGAUUUCUCAGUAUUUAAAGAGGUCCUAAUAAGAUUCAUACAAAUGAUAACUUGAAUAAAUCAGAAAUAAUUUCUAAAAAAUAGGUGAACUUUAAAACUGAAAAAAAUGAAUCAGAAGAAGAUUAUGAUUCAGAUGAUCAAUAAACUUUGUAAUUUCCAAAGAGCAAUGUCUCAAAAAUUUAAUCUUAGAGCAAAGAGGAAAAGGAGAAAAAUAGAAAGGAAAUUCUAGAUAUGAUUAUAGAUACAACUAAAAAGAUAGAUAAGCAACUGUAUAUUCUAGAGAAUAGAGACUAAUUACCAAAUGUAGAGGAUAGACCUUUGAGACGAAAAAGAUAAAAGGCAAAUUUAAAUAAUUCUGAGAUGGUUGAGGGAAAUAAAAACCCUUAUAAAGAAGAAAUUUUAGUAUCAAAAGUAUUUGACACUCAAACAAAGAGAAUAGUUAUGUAAGAUGGUGUUUAUGACAAAGAAACAAUGGAAUAGCCUUCAAAGUAUGAGAAAUUAUUAAAAAAUGUACUAAGUAAUUAGCCAAUUACCUUAAUCUCUGGCUUAAAAUAAGGUGGAGGAGAUGGAGUUACUAGCUUUGGGAAUAGAUCUCACAGUGUUGUUCAUCAUAAAAUUCAUCCAUAGAGCAGAAUUUUAAGAGAUAAUAAUAGUUAGGAAACGAGUUAGGAUCGUUAGCAAAAUUCUUCUCUUUUUCCUUAAAUUUUUAAUGACAAUAGUACUUCUUAAAUUCGACAAAGAAACAAUCAUCAUAAUUAUCUUAGAUUACAACCUUAAACUUAAGAUUAAAUAUUGAAUAAAUCUGGAAUCACACCUCCAAAUUAGAUAUAGCCCACCAACUCUGAUAGAUACUUAUAAUAUCUGAAUAAACCAUAAUUAGGCAUAAACUAGGAUAGAUUCAAUAUGGCAUCACAAAGAGAAAAGGAGUAAAAUAGACUCAGAAAAAUGGUUUAAUAGCCUAUAAGAAUAAUGCCUAAUGCUUAUUAAAGUAAUGAUCAUGGGGGAAACUAUGAUAGCUAUGGACAAGAUCAAUAUCAGAGCUAAAACUAUCAGAUUAAAGGCUAAAUCUAUAAUUAGCCUACCAUUGUAAAUAGAAUAAAUCCAGGGCUAAAUCCCCCAGUUUAAACCAAUCUAAAUCUAGGCAUUGGAAAUUCUGCAGACUACUUUCAAAGACUGUACCCAUAGUUUUGA